AUGUCUUCAUCAUCUUCUUUGCUUACACAAAGAUCAAUUAUUGAAUCAUGGUUUAUUCCUAUUGAUAUUGUUAUGCUUGUAUGUACAAUUUUGGUGAUUAUACUUUCAACUAUAUUUUUAUGUAUUAUUCUUCUUGAUAAAACAUGUCAUACAGUUUCAAUGAUGUUAAUUGGUAAUUCAUGUCUAACAGUACUUGUAUUUGGAUGUGUUUUACUUAGUAUGUGUGCAUUUACAUUAGAAAAUGAUCUUAAACAAAUUAUUUAUGAAGAUUCUCUUUGUAUUAUUCGUGCUUAUUUUGAUUAUGUUGCUGCUGGUGUUGUUAAUUAUUCAUUUUUAAUCCAAGCACUUUAUCGUUAUGUAACUGUAAUUUAUCCAAAUCGUUUAUUUUGGCAAUCAGCAAGAUUUCAAUUUUUAAUAAUAUGUUUAACAUGGAUGAUUGCUUUUAUAUUUCCUACUGCAUUUAUAUUUACUGGACAAGUUAAAUAUAAUGGUGACAAUCAAAUAUGUCAAGUACCUGUUCAACCAUCAUUCUAUAUUGUUUAUCCAGCUUGUUGUAUUUUUGUUAUACCUGUCUCAUUAAUUAUGUUGAUUUAUUUAAAAUUAUUUCGUUAUGUACAUAAAAUGAAUACUCGUAUUACACCUGCGAAUACAUUAUUUCGUGCACAACGAGAAUUAAAAAUGGCUCAACGUAUAGUUAUACUUGUAAGUGUAUUAUUAACAAUUGGUUUUCCAUAUGCAUUUUUUAUUUUAAUGUCAUUUUUUACAACUCCACCAAAAUAUCAUUAUCGUAUUGCUUUUUUAUUUGUUGAUAUAUCAUUGGCAUUAGUAAUGAUGGCUUUAUUUCAGUUUACUGAUCCAAUAAAAGUAUAUAUGAUAGAAAAAAUUAAACGAAGACCAAAUCCAGUCAUUCAAACAAUAUAA